AUGCGGUCAAGCCGCGCACCCGGGUUCUCGGACAAGAACCGGAUCAGGGGCUGGUUUCUGAACUUGGGCGUCUUGCCCGAGUAUGCCUGGUACAGAGCCUUCACGGUUGAGGAUGAUUUCAUCGGCAAGGGAGCCGGCCGGUUGGAUGCGGCAGGCAGCGCAGACGAGUUUAUUGGCCUUGAUGGCUGGGAACUGUUGUUGCCUUGCCCUAGAGCCUGA